CUCAAACUGUGAAAAUGAAGGUGUUUCCAGGUCCACCCAAGCUCCUGAAUGUUAUUCCGAGUACUGAUAUUCUUAUUAUUGACAAUGGAUCAGCAGUUACUUUUCAGGUUAAAGUGUUAGAUGAGGAAGGAAAUAUAACAUGUCAGCCGAAGCUAAUUGUGCAGUGUAAGUUUACAGGGGCUCCAAACCUCCCAACCUACACCUUGGAUUGCAGCAAUUCAGGAAGUGGUGUUUUGACUGGGCCUUCCAUCAGAGUUCAAAACAUAAAAAAGUUACAGUUACUGAAAGCCAAAAUUGAAGUAUCUAAUUGCAGAGACAUAAAAACAGUGGAAAAAACUAUUAAACUUCAGCCAAGUAGCACUAUUACAAAACUUCAUAUUCUAAGUGUUGAUGGUGAAAAAGCAAUUCAAAUUAAACACAAAGAUGAGAUAGAGUGGAUUGCA